AUUACAGGUGAUAAAUGAAGGCCAGUCACUAAAAGAACAGAAAGUGGAAGCGGACGAGGAGGAAGAUUUCCUACAAAAAUUAUCAAAUGUUGAGGUGCCUUUGCCAAAAAGGACUUCUAUGCAGAAAACUGUUACAGAUGUUCCAGAUGGGAACUCGCCUCUUCUAACCUUCUUCAAUAACCUUUUGAAGACGAAGGAUCAGGCAAACACUCCACGUAGCCCGAUAUCCGACCCGCAGGCUCAACUGCAACGUAUGCUGGAACAAGCUAAUUUAUCGCCUUCUGUCCCAGACCAUCAGAACCAGCCUUGA